ACAUAAGGUUAAGAAGAAAAAGAAACAGAAACAUUAAUACGAAAGAACACACAAGAAAUUAUCAAGAAAGAUGUGUUUUUAACAUAGAUUGCAUAGAUGCGCUUCGGCCAGUGUAGGUGCAGUUAGAUUGUUAGAUUGAGUCAUGGUGUUAUCUAGGAAACUGCUAUGGCAAUAGUGAUAGUGCAGUAUUAAAUUCAAUGCAUUGAAAUGCACUUUUUACUAUGCAGUUAUUUUUCUUCACUUAGUCUGUUAUCUCCAAAUUUCCAACACUACAUACAUCUUGGAGUCAGCGGCAUAACUACAAGGUUACGUGGUGUUUUGUAUACAAAUUGUCAAGUGACCUCUAAAGCCCGUUUUAUUUUUGGGGCAGUUUCUGCCCACUGCAUAUUUGUCAAAAAAUAGAAUAUCUAAAUACACUGAGCUCAAGAUAGAAAUGUGUCAUGUUUCUGCAAGGGGAUUUCUGCAAGCAUAUUUAUGUACUGUGCUAGAUAACAGUGUGCUAGAGACAAAUAACACAACCGUUUUUGUGUGUGUGUGUGUGUUGCCAUCUGUGCAAUUAAUCCUGUUUCUGUUCUGUAAAAGCACACAAUCUUUCAGUCAAAGGUAUUAAAUGUCAGGUGGCUCCAUGAGAAUGCAAGUCUGUAGCUUUAAUUCAUGGUCAUUCAGAAUUCUGUUUUGACUGUCCAUGAGCUGAUCAAAGACCUAUUCUUGGUAUUGUCAAGCUGCUGUGCUUUUGGAUUUCUGUCAGUAGUGUGGUGCGAACACUAAAUCCCUGCAUUGCAGAAGUGCUUAGCAUUCUUUCCUCAUAAGACGAUGGACUAGUUUGUAACCACGUUCGAUUAUUUUUGAUGCAUUGAACAAAGGACAUUAACGUGGAAAGACAGCUCAGGAAGUGGUCAUUAGAUUAUACUUUUUAUGUAAUUUGUAAAAAUUUAAGUAAUUAAAAAUGGUAAGCAUUUUCAAGCUUAAGUUCAUAAAAUUAAAAAGCUCUUCAGGAUGAAUUACCUUUGCUGUAGUCCUCAUAUACUCUAAGUAUGAGGAAGAGUUUUCAAGAGCUGGAUGUUGCGAUCUAAAAAAGUUCAUUUGCUGUGUACUUUGUAAACCUUUCAUAUUGUGUCCUCUAUCGUCUCUAGGCAGCCACUCAAAGCAAAGUUUCCCCUGAUAGAAGAGGUCUAAAAUUAGUGAGCCCCUAUGACUGUCUUGGCCUAGUGUUUCAGAUUCCAUUCACAGACUCCGUCUAUCCUAUCGCAGCACCUGCUUCUAGCUGUAACACCCUAUUAAGCUUGGCAGAGACAUGCACCUAUGUCCAAGCGUGAUUAAAAAAGCUUCAGGUCAGGUUCAUCUUGUCCUUUUUUUGUGCAUGCUUGUGUCUCUUUUUUUAAAAAGUGGUGUCAAUUAAUGUUUGAAAUAGCCGGGCUCUGUGGGCUCAAACAGGGCUAUCGGUACACGAGUCAGAGCAUUUUUUUGGACUUAGCUUGAGGGGCUGGACAUAUCAUUGCACUGAGUGGCCUGUUUCGAUGAAGGGUCAGUUUGGCACUCACAGGAAACCUGGACCCCCCAGUUGGAGCCUCAUUCACAGCUCAUGGUACAGUGCAUAACUGUCCACUGUGAAUGUUCUCUGAAGGGGUUGUUUCAUUCAAACUGGCCACAUGGAAAACAGCAGAAAAAGGUAUGAAUGCAAUCAACAAAUAACGAGUGACCAGUUCAUGCAUUUAUAAAAGGCUCAAGCAAGACAACCCAAUGUCUCUGGAAUCUGAAGUGAAGAAAUGGAACGCUGGGUUCUAGAGGGCGAUAGCUACUCGUUUCUUCGCAGUACUCCACACACUUUCAACCUGCAGAGUCGUGAAGGGCCAAAUCGUGUUGAGAUCUUUGACAUCACUUCAAUCCCCAGCCAUCAUAAUGCCAUAUCUGAAACAACCUGUCUGUGUGACAUUUUUGGGGAUGACGGCGAGUCUCCAUCACUUUCCAGUAGCCCAGCCUCUGCCACAUUUGUCAGGAGGGAAGUGGAUCAGUCUUUUCAAGGAGAUGAUGCCAAUGACUCUUUAGGAUCUUAUCACACUGCCAAUGGAUCUGACUUAAGCGACAACGCUGAAGUCACGUACAACACACCCUCUCCAGAAAAUACACCAGAUUUUUCCACGUCUGGGGCCAGGGAAUCACAUUCACCACCAGCUAAAUCAUCAAUCUCGUCUGAUUCCAAAAAUGGACUUAACCAACUAGACUGCACACCACCUGCAUCCAAAGGCAGUAGUAAUGACCUUUCAUGUACAGAUAACUUGGAAGAAUCCCAAAGGUCAGUAAUCACUGCCCCAGUGAAUGAAAUGGAAAUCACAAAUGCAUCUGAACCACAGUGUGUGAAUUCAACACCAGCUACCACCCUGAUUAUUUCAACAACAAAACCUUCUAAUUCUACAUCCUGCUCUUCAGACGAGAAAGAACCUGCUGUAUUUGAGCAAGAAGGAAUUAUUACAACACCUCAACAUAUACGUACAAGCCCAUUUUUAGAUAAACAAAUAUUUGAGUCAGACUGUGAAUCUUUGGCAGGAUCUCCAAUUGAACAAAAUUAUGUGAUGUCUUCAGAGGACAAAGAGAAUAUAAUCUAUUGUAGUCCACAAGAGCAAAACAUUCUCUUUGCUCAAGAAAUGAUGAAUAGUGGCUCUGCAUCAGAACUGUCAAACCCUUCUCCAACAGAUUGCAGCCUUAUGCAGGAAAUGUCUACUUCAUCUUCAAAUAGAGAUAUUAACUUUCUUCCCAUACCCAGUGGCACACCAGAACCCAGAUUAACCUCCACCUCCCCUGCAAGAAGGGAAACUACCUCCACACCUUCAUCCACAGGUAGAUCUUCACCUGAGCUGCUGAACACAUCAGAGACUCCACACUUGGAGGACACUUAUGGUACUACUUUAUCUGUGUCUACACUGCCUACAAGUGAUAAUGUGGAAAUAGAUUCUCUAACUGUGUCUGAAAUUUCUACUGAAGCAACAGAACUGGUAUAUUCAUUCACAGAUGGAGGAGAAAGACUGGAAUCACCUGAGAUCAAAGAAACCUGCUCCUCUCCUGAUCACUCACCACCUGCUCACUCACAAGAACCAGUACUGAUUCACUCCCCUGUAGGUUACACCAUGAGCCCAUCACCUACUUAUGAGAAAAUAUGUUCUUCAGUCAAACCUGAAGACUGUCCAUCCACCCCUGUAUCACAUGAGAUCAAAGAAACAUACACUUCUCCUCAUCACUCAGCAUUUUCUCGCUCACCAGAACAAGUACUGAUUCACUCUCCUGUAGGUUACACCAUGAGCCCAUCACCUACGUAUGAGAAAAUACGUUCUUCAGUCAAACCUGAAGACUGUCCAUCCUCCCCUGUAUCACCUGAGAUCAGUGAACCAUGCACUUCUCCUCAUCACUCAGCAUUUUCUCGCUCACCAGAACAAGUACUGAUUCACUCUCCUGUAGGUUACACCAUCAGCCCAUCACCUACAAUUGAGAGAAUAGUUUCUUCGACUGAACCAGAAGACUCACCAUCCUGCCCUGUAUCAUCUGAGAUCAGUGAAUCAUGCACUUCUCCUCAUCACUCAGCAUUUUCUCCCUCGCCAGAUGAUGUAAUGAUUCACUCCCCUGUAGGUUACACCUUCAGCCCAUCACCUACAAAUGAGAGAAUAGUUUCUUCAACUGAACCUGAAGACUCACCAUCCUUCCCUGUAGUCACAAGGAUUGAAUACAGGGAUAUGUGCUCUUCUCCUGAUCACUCAGAACCAGUACUCAUUCACCCAUCUCUAUGUUACAACAUCAAUCCAUCACCUACAAAUGAGAGAGAGGUUUAUUCAACUGAACCUGAUGACUCAUCCUGUGGUCCCAGUGAUAUGUGCUCAUCUUCUGAUCACUCCAUUCCAGCUCACUCACCAGAACCUGAAAUAAUUCACUCACCGAUGGGUUAUACCAUAAGCCCUUCAACUACAAACAAGAGCAUGUUUUUUUCAAUAGAACCUAAUGUGCUUCCAUCUUCUCCUGCCAUAACAGGAACUGAUUACACAGCAACACCAACAUGCAGUAGAGAUUCCACACCUGCAUUAAGAAGCAUUACCUCCACUCCAAACAGCAGAGAAAAAUACCUUACACCAGAGCCCAAUUCUCCAGCCCCUUCACUGGAACUGAGAUCAGUUACCUGCUCACCUGAAAUCAAAACAAUAUUGUAUAGUGUUCUGCCACAAAAUACAAAAUCUCCAGGCAUCACAUAUAACAUUACACCAACCAAAGAUUUAGCAGAAUCACCUGCAGAAGAAACAAAUAUCUGUGACAACUCUUCUCAAACAUCCAGCUAUCUUUUUGGAAAUGACACCUCUGUCUUACCUAGCUCAAGAAACUUUUUGCCAACACCAGAGAGUAGAUCAAGGCCUUCAUCAGCUGCAUCAGACCAUACCAAACACACAGCACUAUCCUCUGAUCUCCAUCCUGAGCCUUCCAUCACUCUCGAAAAGGCAGAAAAUCUGAGUUUAUCCAUAAUCUGUGAUGGAGUUAGUCAUCCUUUUGCUAACCCAGUAGACCAUUUUGAUUGUUUUGUUGACCAUGAUGACACAAAGACCCUUGAAAAACUUGCAUUUGUCCAAGAUGAAUGUAAAGACAGUGGACCACCAGUUCAAAUACUGCAAGAUUUAAACUCUAAAACAUCAGGUUCUGGAUCGCCCAUGAUAAUUAUUGAGAAAAGUCUCAGAAAAGAAAUUCUCACUGACAACACAACUGAAUUAACAUGUGCAACACCAACCUCCCCGCAGCAAUGGGAUGCAUCUCUGCUGAAGCCAGUAGCAUCUGUAGAGAAGAAACAUUGCCAUGUUGAGGUUUUUGAUAGGAACAAUGGAACAGAAAUAUUGAAAAAUGAUUCCCCAAACAGUGAGAAAAGGCUUAGUCAAGUACCUCUAGCAUUAAGAGAAAGCUCAGGGGUUAUCAGUAGGGACAGUGGUGGUGAAUUUGACAGGCAGCCACGCAGGGAAAAAGAGGAGAGUGGAAAGAAGGAGGGAGAGGGGGAGGAGACUAUGAGAGAGAGUAGUUACAGAGGGGAACAGGUUGAGCUGUCAUUCAGUGCCAGGAAUAGAAAAGGGCCUGCAGGCCACAGCCCAGCUCUCUCAAGUCGAGACCCAAAGUCGGGAAUUCCAGCUCGCUGUUAUUUUGAGUCGCACCCAACAACUUUGCAGCAACAAAGUCAGCUCAGAGCUCAGGGAUCACAACAAGAGAACAAGGGCGGCGCCAGGAGGCUCCAGUCAGCUGCCCAGGGUAAAUACAGCAGUGCAGGCUUUCUUCCUCCUGAAUAUACUGGUGAGACCUCCAGCAUGGGAAGUGAAUUUGAUGAAGCAGACAAUGAAGUAAAGUGGUUUACAGAUCUGGCCUUCAGAAGCCUAUCUAGUCCUCAGGUGGAUUAUUUGGAUGUGUACAAUUCAAGCCACAGGUCCUCUACAAAUGUCUCACAGCCAUCGACUGUAGACAGCCCUGGUGCUGUUGCAUGGAUGACCUACGCAGAUUUACGUGGCUCAGCGUUACAUGAAAAUGAUGGUUCAUCUUUUUAACCCCGUGACGGCCUGGACCCAAACAAACGCUUUGAAUUGGGAAGUUUUGAGUGCGUGGACGUUGCUUUAGAGAGCAAGGAAGAGUCCAGUAAAGGAAAGAGGACAGUACCUAAAAGGCAGAUCCAACUGUUAAGACGGAACACAGAUGAAUCAAAACAUAAAGGAAACAAUGAAAAUAUUUUGAAUUCACCCUCUACAUAUAGACGCUCAAAAGAUGCACUAGUUCGUCAACAUAGUACGCCAGCUUUUGUGCAUGAGGAAGUUUCCAAGGAGGUGCCAGAUUCACCACAAAAUGACAGGAAAAAGACCUUGCAGAAGUCUGUGUCUUUAGACGAUGGCUCCCCUAGGACACAAAUGGCGUCGUGCAUUAUCAAGAGUGUGUUGUCAAAGAAAAUGCAGGAUGUGCAAAAAGAGACAGCAAAAAGUACAGACCCAUUUCCAUCUGGAGGUAAAAGCAAACAUCCUGAUGUCAGCCCCAGCUCUUUGGAUAGUGUACCAAGUACCAUGGAGAAACAUAGUUUAAGCUCUAGCCAGCAUCCUGAAUGUACUUUUUCCUCUGACUCUGUUGCUUUCGGAGAGGAGAUAAUUUCACAUCAUCAACCUAAGAAGUGUGCCCCAAAAGUUCCUCCAAAACCAUUCUUAAGACCUGCAUUUUUUAACAAUGGCGAAGCUCAGGUAGCUGGCAACAUUGCAAUAGAAGAAACAAAGCCUAUUGUGGCCCCUCCACAAGCUGAUGACAACAUACAAAACAACAAGAGUGAUAGGAAAGAGGAAGGAGGUAGCAGCCUUAAAGAGAAGUACAAUAGUGACUCAGCAAAUGCCAGUAUCAGUAACACAAGCCCUGUUGUUGCUACACCAGCAGUAAGCAUGCAGAACAGAAUGACAACCAGAGACAUAAAAAAGCGCCAGAUGACACCAGAAAACCAGGAACAACUGGCUGGAAAAAGUGUAUUUAUGUCAAAAACACCAGAGAUAACUUUGAAACCUUCUUCAAUCAAGGGAAAAAAGACAUCAUCUCUCAAAGUGUCUUUGUCCCCUGAAUUGGAACAGUCCAGAGAAAUAUCCGAAUCUCAGACAGUGGAAAAAGCUGCAGAAGAUAUAAGUACCAAAUCUGCUAAAGUCACAGAGACAGAAGACGAUGAUGACAGCAAUAAAAAAUCUGUUAUACAUAAAGUUAGGGAUGUGAGGAAGUUAGUGAAAAACACAUACAACCUGUCUUUCAAAGCAUCAAAUUCAACCUCUAAUGCAGAAGAGACAGUAAUUCAAGCGAAAAGAGAGAAGCCGCCGCAAACUCCUCCAGCUUUGCACAUUGAAUGUAAAGCCAUCAGUUGGAAGGACAAACAAACAUCAGGCAGUAAAGCAAUCCACAGCCAGAAUGAAAAACAGCCUGUUGACAUAUCAAAAAUAUCACAACCAUGUGUGUGCACAGAGACAAAAAGAGAUGCUGACAUCACUGAAAUAACAUCUAAAGACUCUUCGCCAAAGGCUGAGUCAAAACAAAAAGUGCCAUAUUCUCACUCUACAGCCACAGAUGGGUUACCUGAAUCAGAAAGUAUCAAUAAGAGAUCUUACAUUCACUGUGAUCAGAGUUCUAAAAUGCCCCCUAGACCCCCAAGUAAGGAGCGAGAAGUUUCUGCACUGGUAGUUCUACCAGAUUGCACAUCCAAGACAAAGACUGUUUCCCCUACAACCUUUGACUCUACUCAAAUGAAAGCGGCAAGCAGCAGCCACUCUGUAUCCAUGCUACUGAAAGAAAAAGGGAUGCAGGCUGACAUUGGAGUGUGUGAUGUUCUUACUGAUGGUGCAAGUGCUACGGCUAAACAUGUCAACAGGCUUGAGGUUCCUGUGCAGGCUUGCUUAUCAGAAAGCAUUUCAAGUGAAGCACAAGUAAAAGCAGAUAAUUCAUCAUUGCCUUGCAAUCCAACAGCUGUCAACGAUUCAUCAAGAACAUCUCAACCAAGUGAGAGUCCCAAGGGAACACUGACAGAAGAACCUUCAACAAAGGAACAUGAAAAAAAGAAAACUGCCACCACAACUAUAACACAAAUUCCAACUAAUUUAGCAACAUCAGGCAAGUCAGAGGUGAGGUCUUUUUCAAACAGUACAAAAAAUAAUGCCACGCCAGUGAAUACAUCAAAAGAGAUUGAGUUACCUAUACAAGUGAGGUCAAUAUCCACUGACAGACUAAAGCCAUUUGUACCACCAAAACCAAACUAUAAACAGUCAUUUGCAGAAAUUAAAUCAUUGCCAAGUGACCCAUCAAAAGCAGAUACUCAAGGAUCAUCGGUUAAUAAACAGCAAACAAUGUUAAGUAGUGAAUCAAAGAAAACACCAUCAACACACAAGGAUCAACCAAAUGAGAUUUCAUCAAGAGAUACAAAAAGACUGGCUGUAUCAGCAGUAUCAAGCUGCAAACCACCAUCCAUCCCAGUCACAACAACGCCAAGUGUUGUGCAAAAAUCCACCCCAAAGACACUGGCCAGUCUGGAUCAACAGCAGUCUUCUGUGGCCUUGCAAACAACUAACACUGGCCAGCAGCAGACCUCAUUAUUCAGUCAAGACCAGUCAAUGCUAGAUAGCUCUUUUGCUUCUAACUCAUCAGGACAACAAGCCCUUAACCACACACCAUCUCUGACAAGAGCAUCAUCUAAUAAUCGCUUUCACACAGAUGACUAUCUUUUCUAUGCUUCAGAUGAUCCACCUAGCUAUGAUGAGCGAGAGAGUUUCAGUCCACUACGGCUCUCAGACUUACCUCCACAUAGGUCAUGCAAGUAUCAUCCAACAGCUAAGCAAUCUUCUUGCUCCUGCACAUCAAGUUCUCAAUCACAUCAAGGGCAUCCCAACAACAGUCCACAGGAACGAGUACCAGCUGCCUCUCGUUCUCCAGGCCAAGUCCAUACCUGUCCUGGGGCUCCUCCACAAGCUCAAGUUCGUCCUCAUCAGUGCAGAUUGGAUGGUCUACCAGUUUCCAAUACCACAAUACCCCAUGCCUCAGCUAUGAUUCAGCCUCUACACAACCCACGAGCUUGCCCUGUUUCAAACUCACAAUCCUAUGGUGAUGAACAUCCACCAGCUUCUGGGCUGCAUGCAGAUAGAAGCCCAGCCAAUCACCCUUCUCCUCAGGCAGCAGCUCCUGUUUCCUAUCAUGAGUAUUCUCAUUCAGCUAACAUAUCUACUCUGGAUCCCAGACCCCAGUUGUUUAAUCCCCAAGAUUUGCCAUCAUCUUUUGGUCAUGAUUAUGCAAAUGAAGGUCCAGGUGGAGCUGGUGUAUUGUAUCCCGAAAAUGCAAGUGGGCUUGGUUGUGGCCAAGGUCCUCGUCGUGUCCUUCUUGAUCCUGAGACUGGCAAAUACUUCUACAUUGAGGUACCAAUGCAACCACUCAGAAAAAUGCUGUUUGAUCCUGAAUUGGGCCAGUAUGUGGAAGUUCUCAUACCACAGCAGGCAAUGUCCCAUUCAGGGUUAUAUCCACCAGCUGCACCGCCCUACUCUUCUUUGCACAGUCCUGGGUUGUAUGCACCACAGUACCUGCCUUAUGCAGUGCCAUCUUACCCAGCAAUCUCAGGUACUGCCCCGCAAGUUCGCCACCCAGAGCCACCUGCUGUGCCCACCACACUUCACCAGACUUCCUUAAGGUAUGGAAGCUCUGCAAGCCAGAUGCCAAAAAAUGAACCAAAAGGCCAUUCAUCGCUGGAUCAAAGCUAUCUAGAGAGCAUGUAUUACAUCCCUACUGGGAUGAAUGCAAGCCCAAAUGCAACCCCUUCAGAAUGCUACCACAAGCCAUCAAGCAUGCCUCCUUCAGGGGGACGAAGAGCAUGAAACAGCAGUGGAUACAUGUGGUCUGUUUACAUUUGAAAUCAGUUUUAGUCUGCAGCAUUUUUAGUUUAAAUGGGAUAUAAAAAUGUUAAAUGUCUAGUCAAGUUGUAGCUACUCAGUUACAAGACUGAAACUUUAUUUUUCCUGCUCAGUCAUUUAUGCAUUUACUGUGAAAGACCCAAACAAGCUUUGUUUUCAUUGUUGACAUUUGACAUAUCAUGGUUGUCACUGUUUGAUAAUUUUAGUGUAUCAUUUGGACAAGUCCUUAACUUUCCUUUUAUAGUCUAGGCUUAUGCAAUGGUAGGCAUUGUCCUGCAAUAGCUGUCAGGGUUUAAUAAACAAUGUCUUCUUUUAACACCCUUAAUUAGGAGUUAGGAGUUCAUGAAAUUAUUUAUUUUUCUGCAACAAUGUGUUUGGCAGUUUCACUUCUAGGUGACAUUAUUUAUCAGAUAUAUAAUAUGACAUUGUGUAAUUGCUUUGUGCAACACCUUUGUUGUGGGACAUACAAGUAGAUGCUGUACAUUUUGGUAAAUGAAAAGAAUGUAGAUAAAGAAGAACCUCCAGUUCAUGAGUAUUAAAAUCACAGACAUACUUUCUAUUUUCAGAAGAUUGUCAUUUGCUAUUUUUUACACAUAGAUACACCCCAUUAAAGAUAACGGUCUACAAAA